AUGGCCCCGAUCAAGAUCAACCUCGCCGUGGACAUGUCGUGGAACCGCGUGCUGUUCGCCGACGCAGGCUCCGACUUCGUCGACGUCCUCCUCGCCUUCCUAACGAUCCCGCUCUCUGCCGUCCAGCUCCUCCCGGCAGAUGCAUCAUCGCGGGGAUGCCUCUGCAACCUCGGCGACAGCGUCGACAGCCUCAGUGACAUUAGGCUGCUGAAGGUUGAGGCCUGCUGUGGCACGCUUCUCACGCCUGCUCACUCCGAUGAAUUCCCGCUUUGCAACUGCAAAUCAACUCUCAUUCCACGCAGCAGCUUCUUUCCCAUGUCCUGCAAGUGUUCGCUAGUCUUUGACAGACUUUUGCAUGUCUACGAGCAAGUAGGCAGAAAAGAGACGUUUGUGGGUGAGAAACAACGGUAUGUGAUCAGUGAUGACUGCACAAUCAAGCCGGCAUCCACCAGCAGCAUGCAGUCCAUGCCGCAGGCGUUCAAUUCUGAUGGAACCGGCCAUACCUUCGAGGUGGUCGAACAGUUGGUUGAAUGGGAGCAGGUUGUAGCUAUGUUGAACGCCUCCCUUUCAUCAGAUACCAUGUUGACCGAUGCAUUUCUGCCUAAGGAAUCAAAUUAUAAUGCUGCUCAUGCCACUGUCAAACCGGGCAUCAGUCUGAAGAAUUUUGUGUCCGAUCGAGACUCUGCAGGUUCUUUACCGGAAAGCAAGCUCAAGAUUUUCUACGACACCCGUGAAAAGAAGGUCAUGUAUGCUGAAUGCAGCCAUGACUUCGUUGACCUGCUCCUCGGUUUCACGAUUCACCCGUUGAGCUCUGUUAUCAAGAACACGGGGGCUGGCACUUGCCAUCUUGGCCGCUGCUUGGACAAUCUCUAUAGAAGCGUCUCUGAUCUUGACGACGCUGGCUGCUUAACCGGUGGUUUCCCCAAGAUGAAGUUGCUGGAUGCAAGCGUUAUGCCGUUUGAUGUUUCGAGCAAAGCCAUGUGUAAGGCACUAGAUUGUCGGUGUCGGAAGGAUAUGGUGCCAGAUCUGGCACGCUAUUGCUGCCAUCCUGACCUUGUUGAGUAUGGGAGGUAUGUCGUAGGCGAUAACCUAUUUAUACAUCAGGCCUCUGCCAUUACUGUGAUGAAACAUUGGUUUGGGAGAAACAAGGCUAUGGUCCUGGAGAUGGACAUUGCCAUCGGGAAGCAGGAGGCCGUUGCGCUGCUGCGAGCCAUGCUUACCUCAAAGACGGUGCUGACCGAUGUGUUCAUCCAUAGGCUGGAGAAACACUCCUCCCUGCAGAAGAUGCAGAUCUUUGCCAGGAUCCCCACGUGCAAGACCAUAACCGUAGAAAUUACGAGAUCAGACACCAUUGCCUCCGUCAAGAGCAAGAUCAAGGAAAAGGUGACCAUUCCAGCGGGAUGUCGCCACGAAUUGGUCUACGGUAGCAGAUAUCUGAAAGACUCCUGCACGGUUGCCGAAUGUGGCCUUGUCAGAGAAUGUACCAUUGGCUGCGAGUUCUACAAGUCUGCUUGA